AGCUGAUUGGCGGACUCUCGGGGAGUUCGUUCAGAUUCUUGCUAGAGUGAGUGCUCCUCAUCCACUAGCUUAUCCUGGCCUCCCGACUCCACUAUCCAGGAAGAAAUCAACGAGAGAAAUGUUCCCAACAUGAACAACGAGCAAUGAUGUUAAUGAUUAUUAUGGAAGAAUUGGUAAUAAAAACAAAUAUGAAGGGACGAACUUGACGUUUACAAAAAAAUUUAUACACCCAAAUCACGAUUCAGUAGGGAAUGUCCAUGAUAUUGCGCUUCUGAUUCUUCAAGAACCUGUCCAAAAUAUGCUCUCAAUUGGUCUACCUGGUAGUAACGAAACGUUUACUAAUGGUUUGGUGAAGAUUGUCGGUUGGGAAACAAAAAAUUUCGAACAUGAUACAAAUUUUCUUCAAGUAGCGGAAGCGAAUUUAAUGGAUCCACAAAGCGCUGCUCGUCAGUUUGGAAAGUCCAUAACUGGUGAAGAAAUUGUAGCAGUACCAUCUGAAGGAAAAGUAGUGAAAGGCGAAUAUGGCUCAUCAUUGAUAUUCACAAAUAAAUCAGGAAAACAAAUACUCAUUGGCAUUUUGACUAACCCAAGCAAUAGUGACAAAGAACCAGAUAUUUACCUAUCAACCAGUGUUAAUAUUGAUUUUAUAAAUCGUUACCGCUGUGAAAACGUCACAUGCGUUUAAGUAUAUAAUUAGAAUAUUGCAGAGACCGUUUCUAUUAAAAAAAACUAUACUUGUCAAAUCUAAAUUGUUAUU